ACAACCAGUAACCAGCAACGAGGAAUUAGCUUUAACUAGCGCUACUCUUAGUUUGAGAAAAGAGCUGUUACUUCCUGCGCUGACUGGAUGAUCACCGCCUACACACUGCCUACUUGUUCAGGUGACAGCCUCAACAAACCGCCCCCUCCACUCUGAGAUGUAGCUGUCUGUGGAUGACAGCAGACCCGAAGGACCGAAACAAGUGUCUGUACCGCUCUUUAAAAAGAAGUAGUGGAGCUAGAGAUACGGGUUAAUCUCUCUUUAAAGUACGCUACUUAUUGCUCCGCGUUGCGCUUCAGCGACAAUUUGCUCAUUUUAAGCCACGAAGCUUAACGAAGAGAGCAAGAAGGCGACGGACAAAGCUAGUCUCUGAACUAGAAUUUAUUUUUCUCCAGUCUCUCCAUCUCCUGGAUGCAAUGACCGACUCGGUUGUGGACAGCAAGGCGGAGGUGAAACAAGCCACGAAAUAUGUCAAAGAGACCGAAAACGUAGCGGAAAAAUACUCAGCCAUGACUGUGAGCAAGAACAGCAGUGAUGUGAAUAUGAACGUGGGGGAAAUGCCUUCCGCAGCGUUCACCGCAGUGCCCACUCUGAAAUCCGUCAAGAAGAUCCAGUUUGCGAAUACUGAGGACAAACAAGAGUUUAGCAAGUACCCCACUAAGGCUGGCCGCCGCUCCCUGUCUCGGUCCAUCUCGCAGUCCUCCACAGACAGCUACAGCUCAGCUGCAUCCUACACCGACAGCUCCGAUGAUGAAACCUCCCCCCGGGACAAAGCCCAGGUCAACACUCACGGCAGCAGCGACUUCUGUGUGAAGAACAUCAAGCAGGCUGAAUUCGGCCGCCGUGAAAUUGAAAUUGCAGAACAAGACAUGUCUGCCCUGAUCUCCUUGAGGAAGAGAGCCCAGGGUGAGAAGCCUCUGGCAGGGGCGAAGAUAGUGGGCUGUACCCAUAUCACUGCUCAGACUGCAGUCCUGAUCGAGACCCUGGUAGCCCUCGGGGCCCAGUGUCGCUGGACUGCCUGUAACAUCUACUCUACUCAGAAUGAGGUGGCUGCUGCUCUCGCUGAAACAGGGGUACCUGUGUUUGCAUGGAAGGGUGAGUCAGAGGACGACUUCUGGUGGUGCAUCGAUCGCUGUGUCAACAAGGAGGGCUGGCAGGCCAAUAUGAUCUUGGAUGAUGGUGGAGACUUAACCCACUGGGUGUACAAGAAGUAUCCCAGCGUCUUCAAGAAGGUCCGGGGCAUCGUGGAGGAGAGUGUCACUGGAGUGCACAGAUUGUACCAGUUGUCCAAGGCCGGCAAGCUGUGUGUCCCCGCCAUGAAUGUCAACGACUCAGUCACCAAGCAGAAAUUUGACAACCUUUACUGCUGCCGUGAAUCUAUCCUGGAUGGCUUGAAGAGGACCACAGAUAUCAUGUUUGGAGGCAAACAAGUCGUCGUGUGUGGUUAUGGAGAGGUGGGGAAAGGUUGCUGCACUGCUCUAAAGGCCCUCGGAGCCAUUGUGUGCAUCACAGAGAUUGACCCUAUCUGUGCCCUGCAGGCAUGCAUGGACGGCUUCCGAGUGGUCAAACUGAGUGAGGUCAUCCGGCAGAUGGACGUGGUGAUAACGUGCACUGGCAACAAGAAUGUGGUCACCAGGGAACAGCUUGACCGAAUGAAGAACGGCUGCAUCGUCUGCAAUAUGGGACACUCCAACACCGAGAUUGAUGUGGCGAGUCUGCGCAGCCCUGAGCUGACCUGGGAGAGGGUGCGUUCUCAGGUUGACCACAUCAUCUGGCCUGAUGGGAAGAGGGUUGUUCUGCUUGCAGAGGGCCGCCUCUUGAACCUGAGCUGCUCCACAGUGCCUACAUUUGUGCUGUCCAUCACUGCUACAACUCAGGCCCUGGCCCUGAUCGAGUUGUUCAAUGCUCCAGAGGGGCGUUACAAACAGGAUGUGUAUCUGCUGCCCAAGAAGAUGGAUGAGUAUGUGGCCAGUUUGCACCUACCAAACUUCGAUGCCCACCUGACAGAGCUCUCUGACGAGCAGGCUAAGUACAUGGGCCUCAACAAGAACGGCCCCUUCAAACCUAAUUAUUACAGGUAUUAAUGAGAGCGUCUGAUGCUGUGAUCCUCAACACACAGUUGUCCUGGGAUAAACAGAGAUAUCUAUUUUAUUUUCUAAAUUGCUACAAAAUGGAGGAAUUAUUUUAAUUAUGCUGAAUGUAACUUAUUAAUAGCACUUCAGACAUAGUGUUAAAUAUGAAGAAUAAGACAUGUAGGAAAUAUAUGAUAACCAACUAACAUUUUACAUGUCUUCUCGUCACGUGUUUAAAAGAAAAGCCUGCUUGAAUACUCUCAUGUGUCUGUACUUAUUUAGUGGCUAACACUUCUGUUACUAGGUCAGAAAUUUGAUGAUUUGUUUGUUUACCCUAUUUACACACAGUGCCAAAUGAUGGCUGUAAGAAUGGAACAGAUACCGUGUGUAUUUUGUCGGCCGAUGAUGUUAAGAUUUUAUUAGUACAUUCCACGAGCCAGAGUUCAGUCUGAGCCAAGACAAACUCUGUAUUUAAAUGUACAUUAUUUUAGAAAUGUUUGUUUUAAAUGCGUUAAAUAAUCUCAUUGAAUGGUAUCUGCAUACAUGCCCUAAAAGGUAUCAUCCAGUCACCCUUGUUAUUAAGUAUAGUGAUGAAAUAUGGAACUUCUUGUUUAUUAUAAGAGUUUAUAAUAGCCUGUGAACGGCUGAGUGCAUUUUAAAUCCCUGACUCUUGGUCUUGGCAUUCAACACUCACCCACUUGUUCUCCUGAAUAAAUUCAAACCUAAGGGAUGUUUUUUAUCUUCUAACAAAAGUUCAAGACGUUAUGUUAAAGUUAACAGGUUGUAUGCAUUCCUUAAAAGGAAGCACUGAAGGGGUUGAACUACUUUAACUUCACCAAGUUUCCAUUUGCGCUCUCAAAUUCCAGCUGAGAUCUGUCUCACUGUUCAAGUGUUUUGACUGGAUAAUACCUUUAAGACCAUGGUAUGAAUGUGCCUUUUAAAUCAUUUACAACACAUGAAUAUCAGCACUGACCUUAAUUAAACGAACAUUCCUUUUUUUUGUAAAACCACAUCUAUUAGUGGUGCAUUCAAUGUCUUCCUUCCACUGCUUAUGGUAUUAAUUGUAACUCUAAUGUAUGAGCUCUGUAUGUGUUGAGAGAAAAUAUUAGACCUUUAUGUUUGCCAUAUGAUUGUCGCUGUCUUAAUUUGACCCAACGGGGUCAACUAAAGUUAAAAUUUCAUGUGAUCAAAAUGUGUAAACUAUGUAUGUAAAAGAAUGCAUUAAAUCAGCAAUAAAGCAAGUUCUUUUAACAGAGAAAA